AUGAGAGUUGCAUUCAAUACGCUAGAAGAAACUGCAGAUAUUGGUAUACUAAAUUCGGAAGCAUGGACUAAUAGUAAAAGAAAAAAUGAGGUUCCAAUUAAAGCAGAAUCCCAUUGUCAGAAUAAAAACGAAACUAGUUCAUUCAACCCAAUUGCUGACGAGAGCAUAACAACAGCAACAGCGGCGGCAGAUACAAGAAUCAAACAUUCGUUAUUCUCCCGUGUUUGGCUCAAAUUUCGAACUAAAAGAAAUGGUGAAAAAAUUGCCAAACAGGAAUUGUUGAUAUCAAACAAGUCCAAAACAGUAGCAGGACCACUAAAACCAACCACCACUACAACGUCAAAUUCAACUUCAACUUCGACGUCGUGGGUGCGUAAGUUGAGCAAAAAUCAUUCAAUUUCGGUAUUUCGUCCAUUUGCAACGUACCAGAAUGACUCCAUAAUGGAGUCAACUACAGCUCUACUAUCCCCGCAACGACUACCUGAUUUCGUUUCUCCCCCAGCAAAGAAGCCAAUGCCCACUAUUGAGUCAAUACAAGAGGUUGAUGAAAUUGAAAUUGAAAAUGAGAUUUGUCAAAGAAAAACAAGUUUUUUCCCCAUAGUAGAAGAUCGAAAUGAACUGGGAAAUCAUAAUCAGUUUAGUUUGAAAGAAUUUUAUGAAAAUAGUUUCUUCAAAUCCGGAGGACGACAGCCUAUUGAUUAUGAUAAUUCACAGAUAACUGAUGAGACAUUAGACCCUACAAAGUUACCAUGUACUAUCGAGCGAAGCGAGAUAGUGAAGCAACACUAG